AUAAUAAAAUAAGAUGCAAAAGUUGUUUAAAUCGAAUAUAAAACAAAAUAAGAAAUAAAGUCAUAAUAUGUAUACGCUUUUGAACCAGUCAAAGUUUUUAUAGAGGUGAAAUAGAAGUUCAAAUUUGAAUAUAGUCAUAUUAUUUAUUCGCUUUUUAACCUGGUUAAGUUUUUUGAGGUGAAAUAGAAGCUCUUUUUUAUCUUUUUUAUUGAUGUUUUUGUUUUACUUGAUCUUUCUUUCUUCUUGAAAUGUUAGUAAAACAUUAAUAGUUAAAUAACGACCGAAUUCAGUAAGAUUCCUAUUCUGAAAUAACUAGUAAAAAUAUUUAUUAAAGUUGAUGAAAAAUAGGUGGUCACUUAAAAAAAAUAAAUUUGACUAUUGCGGCGAACUUGAAAGUUCAAAACUAUUUCAAUUAAUCAUAAAUUAAAACAACAUUUAAAGAAAUCAUCGAAACUGUCUGCAUUUAGACAGAACAAUGACAAAUUACGUAAAGAACAAAUAAGGGCCGACCUGUGAGAACAUUUGUUUUUUAUUAAUUUAUCAUGACAAUCCGUUAUAUAAAACAACAACAACACUUUUUUUGAUGGAUAGAGCGAUCCUAGGGCAAUCCGUGGUCCUGUCCUUAUCCCUCGACCCCUUGCAUCAACCGUGUUCCUCGGAGCUAGACCAUCCUAACGUUAGACGUAUAGUCAAUUCCCGCAGGUGAUUCUUCGUUCAAUUAUCGUUUUUAUUGAUUUUAUCUUGUCAAUAUUGAUGGAUCAUUUUUAACAGUAUACCACUUGUAAUAUUUAAUUACACGACUUAUUGACAAUCAAAAUUAAAUCCCGCCCACUUUUUUCAAAAUUGCCAGCAGCCGAAUUGAAAAAGUUCAUCAUUAAAAACCUGUAUAUAACAUGUUACCACUUACUUUACUCAAACUGAAAUGAACUUCUAAUAAGGAAACAUCGAAUGUUUUAAUAAAAUAGAAGGAACUUGGGAUAAAAUUUAAAAUUCUAUUUCCUCGAAAGAUUUCCUGAUGGUUCAAACACUGGAUUUAGACUCAGCUGAGGCUGAACAGCAAGAUUUAUUCUACCUAGUUGGUUGUGUCCUAGAUGAAAUCGAACAAGCGAAGGCCCAAAAGCUGCUUCAGUUGUCUCCCGACGGUGAAUUAGACUCAAUAAUGCCGUCGGCUGAUAUUGAAGAGCAUUCUGAUCUCAUGGAGCAAAUCGAAAGUGCCUUGUCGCCGUUUGACGACGGAAUUAGUACCUAUCAUUCAUUCUUUGACGCUUCUUUUAUGCCGGAAAGGUCAUUUCAAACUCAUCAGAUUCCGUCGGAAGCUCAACAUACACAAAGUAUUGCCGACGAUCUGGUAGAGCAAAUUGACAUGGACAAUGAAUAUCUCUCUUUUGUUGCAAAAGAAAACAAAGAGGAAUCGUCUCAAUAUUCCUCCGCAAGUACAAAUAGUUCGUCUACGCCAUAUGAUGUGCCUGAGCGAGACUUUAUUGUGCCUGAAGAUAUCGUACAGUCUGCAAUAUCUUUACAAAACAUUGUAAAAGACAACAACUGUGAUUCUGUUAAUAAAUGUAUGGAUGUUGUAAACACCCAGAUUCGUGUAAACGAAAAAUUAAACACCGACACCAGUAAAGAUUAUAUUAAACAUUUUGAUGAAUUAAAACAAUAUUCAGAUCUCAUUCAGUUACCGGAUAUGACGUCAAAAUUUAUGUCACAAUCAUCGACGUCAUUACAGAAAGAUUCAGUGACAUACUCACAUUCUCAGCACCAAAACCUUAUACAGACCCAUAACUUUUACGAGGAAGAUUCCAAUGAUACAACGUCAUCUGAAUUAAUGAGCUGGACAAUCAAGCAUCCAGAGAAUUGGAAUGCAACGGAAGUUUUAGACUGGUUAUAUUACUCCCCGGGAAAAAAAAUGGGGCCCACUUUUACUACUUUGGGGAAGCUUUUAGGGGCGGUUUUCCGGAAAAAAUUUUCUUUUUCAAAUGGGUCCCGAAGAUUUUUAAAAACCCUUUGGUCCAUAUUUUGGAGAAAUUCUUUACAAAAUGUUUUCCCACAAUUGGUCAAAGGGUUAAUUUUUCCCCUGCCAGCCCACUCUAGCUUCUCAGAGCAAUCCGAAUUUGACCAAACUUACAGCUACACAGAAUCUCGAAACAGCAGCUUUUCCAUAGCAACGAGUCCCAGUGAGUUAUCACAUAGUCAUGUAACUAGUCCUAGUCAAAGCUCAACUCAAACUAGUCCUGACAUGUAUGUCCCGGGAACAGAAAGACUGACACCAUAUGACUUUGUUUAUGCAAACGGAAAUGGUUCUCAGUCAUUCCAAACGUCUGAUACCGGAAACAUGUUGCCUCCUCAAUCAUCAUAUUCACUGGGCAUGCAGCCUUUAAACUAUCCAUACGAAUACACAGGAAGUCAGUACCAUCUUAGCCAAAAGUCUCAGUAUAAGAUGACCGCCAGAGAGCGCUACGAUACAAAUGGAACGCCACGACGACGCCCUGGUCGGCCACGCAUUAAGAGCGUUCCAACCGAGGAAGAGUUACAGGCACAGCGGGAAAAGAAAAUGAAGAGUCAACAUUUAUGGGAGUUCAUCUACGACAUGCUAAACAACCCCCUUUAUAAUCCAUCCAUAUUGAAAUGGGAAAACCAAAACGAGGGCGUUUUCCGGUUUGUACAGUCGGAAUCAGUCGCACAACUGUGGGGUACAUUGAAGAGCAACGAAAACAUGACGUACGAAAAAUUGAGCCGAGCAAUGAGACAUUAUUACAAGAGAGGCAUUCUAGAACGGGUUGAAGGCAGACGACUUGUAUAUAAAUUUUCAAUGGCCACACUGGAGAGAAUGCGCACGAGAAAACCUCUAAACCCAGAAAUAAGAUCAUAAUACAUGAAACAUUUUACGUCAUACACCACGUGCCAUAAUGAAGAAAACUUACUCACACCUAGUCAAAUUCUGGACGGAUUCAUUUCUAUAAUGCAUUGUCGAAAAACAAAAAAAGUGUCUGCGAUGAAAAAUUUGUGUGCGCCUUUAUCGUCUGCGUAUAUAUUGAUGACCAA